UUCAACUCCUUGAGAUGGCUAUGUUCAUUGUCGACAGCACGGAAGAUACAUACUGGUCGAGCGCAGUCAUGCUAGGACAGAGCACAUUGUAUUGCAAUGCCGUACUCGCAGCGUUGAAUGUUCGUCGACAUAUUCGCAGGGGCUCGGAGCCGACUAGUCCGAGAGAUCUUGACGUCGAACUUCAGUUCAAAUGAACCUCGGAGGACCCGACAUGGUCUACAGCGACGACUUGACCUCUCUGAUGGCUAUCUACCUGUACGCAGUCUACAAAUCAAGCUUACAAUACGCUAUUGAUGCAACUAGUUGGACCGCA